AGUGUUACUGUUAGUCACUGUUUACUACUACAGCGUCGGCCUACCUCCUCUCGUCGUGUAGGAUGGCCAGGACGGCUAAUAAGAGCAAUGCCAUCAUGACAUACAGCAACAUCUUCUACAAAACAGCAGUCUGGAAGACGAUCAUCACUAUCAAAUUCGUGCACAUCAAUGUUCAAAUUACGAAGGCAGCUUAUGUAUUUAUCAUGCUGCUCUCUAGCGAGAGCCAAGUCGGGCUUCCCCCCGGACUCGUCGGACCGCAAAGCUUGUUCAACCAGGGUGCUCGACACUCGACGGACAAUUGCAAACUUGGCCUGAAAUUUCUUUUCAGGUGCAGGAACUUCACUCAUAUUGGUGGCUCUGGCGUUAAGAAUUAGAAAUGAUGAAAGUUCAGUUACAAUAUUCACUCUGAUUUUGAUUUGCGUAAAAAACACGACCAAUUCGGGUGAGGCUCUCUUGUUCAAAAUCUUGGGGGCCGGGGGUUAACCGGUUUGAAAGGGGCGGUGUUCUCAAAUCAGUCUUAAUCAAGCUUCUAUUUCUAGCUACGUACGCGUGUACCUUUAUGGGUGCAAUCGUAAAGUAGCGAUGAUUUUAGCACUUGUACCAUGGCUUGUAUAACGUUUCGGGAAACCAACCCAAUUGAGUGUGUUCGUUUGGCUCUUCGUUUUGUUGCAUUUCAGCUCUGCUGCAGCUUUGAAUCUGCUCCUUUCUUAGAAAAAAUAAAUUGAUUAUUAACGGUCAGCAUGUGUAAUUGAGUGUUUUUGGAAUUGGAUACCGCAAGCGCAAUACUCGGGCUGAUCUACCAUCUGACUCUGUGCUUUGACUAACUUUUAUUAACGUUAUAAGUCUUGAGUGCAGUGGCCAGUUACCGGAGGUGGAUUUUUAAAAAAAUGGCCUCCCAGAUUGUAUUAAGAUGUGCACUAUGGAUGACUGCCAGGAAUACAAGAAGAAGCUUCAUAUCAUCAUAUCUCUAUAGAGUACAAGAUCUUCCCGUUCAGAGAUUGUUUUUAUUACAACAUACCUCAUCCUUUCACACCUCCAUCAGCCAUCAUGCAAAGAAAGGUAAAAAGCACAAAGCCAAAGUUGUAGUCGACAUGUCUGCAGAUGAAGAUAUAUUGGAUUUAAAUGAUGUGAAGGAAAAUAUGCAGAAGGCUAUAGAUGCCUUGAAGAAAGACUACACUAAUACAUUGACCAUCAGAACUUCACAAGGUGCCUUAGAUCAUAUUCUAGUGUCAACCCCAGAUGGUAAAUUCCCUCUCAAUCAACUAGGACAAAUGUCAUUUAAAUCAUCUAGUAGCAUCACUGUCAACCUUGCAAACUUUCCUCAGGCCACUGAAGCUGCAGCCAAAGCAAUAAGGGAGGCGGGAAUGAAUCUUAACCCAAAGAUAGAGGGCAGCAUUAUUCAUGUUCCUAUCCCAAAAGUAACCAAGGAACAUAGAGAGAACCUUGUUAAAUCAGCCAAAGGACUGUGUGACAAAGCAAAGGUGAACAUUCGCAGUGUGAGAUCCAAGUAUAUUACCUCUGUACGCAAACACAAAGAAGGAACUUCAAAGGAUACCAUAUUCCAAUUGGAACAACAAAUACAUCAAGUCGCCGACUCUUAUAAUGAUUCAGCAGAGAAGCUAUUAUCAUCUAAGACAAAGGAACUUCUAGGAAAGUGAAAGAGAUUGGUUUAUUUAUUGGCAUCACCUCAAAGACUUUCUUGAAGCAAGGUUAUCAGGAACAGAGGAUAGGUCUCUCUCAAGUGCUGUUUAAAGAUGAGGGAUAUGUAUUCUCUAUUUGUGUAUUCAAAUCAUGUCAAUUAGGGAUGUCAGGAAUCAUUUCCAUAUGUGUUGAAUAUUUUUUGUUUCUAUAAAUCAGUGCUACAGACUACAGUAUACAAAAUGGCCUUUCCCUAAGUAUAUAGAAAGUUAAGGCCUAUUAAUUCAAUGCAAGGCCAUGUCCUUGGAUAUUUAUGUGUCGGUUUUUUUUCUCAUUGCUGUAAUGUAUGACUUUUAAAUGAGCUACUGUGAUUGCCAGAAAGUUUAUCUCUUUGCCUUUUCUGACUCCUUCAAAAGCGCAUAGGGACGCAUUUGGCAGUGAUAUGCACUAUAAAAGCAUGUUGGUAUUAUUAUUAUUAUAAUAUAUAAAUGUUCCCUAAAGAAAAGUGACCUUGCCCGUAACAUAAUAAAAUUUAAGGCCUGUAUGAAUAUAUAUUGUGAAAACAAAUUAUUUGACAUUUACAAUUCCACAGUCCAUAAAACCAACAGAUUUUGUAUUUAUUCAUCUAUAAAGAAAACAAGUGUGCUAGUUAAACCAUUUUUCUAUGGCCAUACCAAUGCUCUAGACUAAUGUCUCUUUGGCCCGUAUUCUGAAUUCAGAUUUAACUUAAACUCUGGUCUAAAGUUGUGGUUUAACUAUGGAUAGCCAAUUGUGACAUAAAUCUCUAACAGUAGAGGUUCAUAGUAUCAGCUCACUUGACUCUCAAAUAAGUCAUAACUGUCCUGGGCGGACAAAUAAGUUAAUUGUCUUCACCAUUUAAGAAUUGGGAAAGACAUAUGAAACAAAUGUUUGGCUUGAAUUGCUUCCCAUAAUAUUGGCACAGAGUUAGACCACGGUCUAAUCUAAGUUAAACCCAAGUCCAGAAUACGGGCCUUUAAGUUUGCAUAGAUAUCAAAUCUUUCCGAAUUGAAUAAUCGCCUAUAAAGUGGAAGCAGUUUUUCAUAACCAGAUUGUGCAAAAAAAUAUGCAAAGGGACACUGUAAAAGAACUAAUUUAUUAUUUGCUGAUAAUUUCCCUAUUAAUGUCAUCCAAGUCUAACCAAUUAAAUUGGUCCAAGAUUGGUAUAAUCACUAGUUCUUUUACAAAUAACCGAUUGAUAUUUUGAUAUAAAAAGAACUAAGCAGUGAAUAUCAAAUGUUCAUGAGUUGUAACAUUCCAUAUGUCUAAACCUAAUAAAACUCUUCUCUUUAAUAUCAAUAUGAAUUGAUUUCUUGUUUUCAGUAAAUGAUAUUUCGAUUGCCUGUCAACAGGACCUAUGAAACAGUGACUGGACGUGCAGGAACGAUUAAUGAACAGUUUAAACUAUCGUGAUAGAACCAUAACAGAAAUAAUGAAAUACUUGAAAGAUAUAUCAUGUAUGUCAUAUAAUUAAAUGACUGAAAGUUAAGGUGAAUGAUUUGAAUAUAAAUGUAUUUUUUCAUCAUAUUAAAAAGUGUCUGAAUUAUAUAUGUUUAAUUGAGUACU